GAAAAUGGGUAAAGAUGUGGAAUCGGGGUAAAAAAUUAAAAUCCUUUUAUAGUGUGUACAUGGUGUGUACAAGUGUGUGUACAAGAAGCAUUUUUGUUUUUCUUGUGGCUGCUGUUGUCUGGUGUUGACCUGUCUGCUUCUACUGGUCAGGUACUGAAAAAGCCCCAACCCUCUCAGCCUCUCAGGUACAGAGCUCAGACUGCCAAUCACCAUUGUCAUCUUCCUGUUUUACCCAAUUAUGAUUAAAAUUGCAGUUGCUGCAACAGUUGGUGCGCUGGGGUGGGCUUACCUGGCUCUACUUAAGCCUCCUCCUCCCAAAGUUUGUGGGUCACCAGGUGGUCCUCCAGUGACUUCUCCAAGGAUUAAGCUCAGUGAUGGGAGACAUCUAGCUUACAGAGAGAGGGGUGUGUCCAAAGAAAAAGCCAGAUACAAGAUCAUUAUUGUCCAUGGAUUUGAUAACUCUAAAGAUUUGGAGUUGCCUAUCUCACAAGAACUUAUAGAAGAGCUCCAAAUAUACCUCUUGUCAUAUGAUCGUGCAGGAUAUGGGGAGAGUGACCCAUAUCCGAGACGCACAGUGAAGAGUGAAGCAUUUGACAUUCAAGAGCUGGCCGAUGAGUUGAAAAUAGGACCUAAGUUUUAUGUGCUUGGCAUGUCAAUGGGAGCAUAUGUUGUUUACAGCUGCCUAAAGUAUAUACCCCACAGGUUGGCAGGAGCUUCACUUGUCGUUCCAUUUGUCCACUACUGGUGGUCUCGUUUUCCUCCUAAAAUAUUAAAAGGAGGCCUGGAGAAACACCUUUUACAUGACCAACGGACAUUUAGAGUGGCACAUUAUGCUCCGUGGCUGUUCCAUUGGUGGAUGACUCAAAAGUGGGUUCCUUCUUUAAGUAUGUUGCAAGGCAACAUGGGUGUUUUCUGUCCCAAAGACCUUGAAACUAUAAAACAGUUAAUGGACGCCCCUAAUGACAAUCAGGAACGAGUUAGGCAACAAGGAGUUUAUGAGUCCUUGUACAAAGACAUGAUAGUGGGUUUUGGAGAUUGGGGAUUCAGCCCACUAGAUUUAGCUAACCCAUUUCCCAACAAUGAGGGAUCUGUCCACAUUUGGCAAGGAGAAGAAGACAGGAUCAUCCCAUCAGCAAUCAAUCGCCAUAUAUCUGAAGAACUUUCAUGGAUUCGGUACCAUGAAGUUCCUACUGGAGGCCAUCUGAUCAUAUUUGACUCCGGUCUGUGUGAAUCCAUCUUCAGGACGCUUGUAGAGGCAUGAAAUGGGGGAGCAAUUCAAUUUAUGGAAGAUUCCCCAGAAAAAGUGCCAAGGAUGAAAAAGGCUCACCUCACUUGUAAAACUAUUUGGUUAGCUUAUUAGAGCUGAUUAUGAUGAUUUGUGAAUUACGCAAUGGUUUUCAGGAUAUAUACCCGUUAUUGGGGAAUACAUUAUGCAAUUAUGCAUGCAUGCUAUCUGUUAUAGUUUGGGACACUUAUUUUGCCUAUUUAAAUCAAUUGUUGACUAUUUGGUCA